AUGGCUGGUAGUAAUUAUGACAAAUAUGGCCGGGUUGGUCUGAUCCACAUCGACGCCCAUCCGGACCUUCAGGAGGAGGUCCUCGGCUUGCGCAUCGCCCACGGGACGCCCUUCAGGAGAGCCCAUGAAGAGGACCUCCUCGACUGCUUCAGGGUCAUCCAGAUCGGCCUCAGGGGCACGGCGCUCACGGAGGAUGACUGCAACAUCGGCAGGGGGGUUGUGCCCUACCUGGAGCAGGUGGUGUCCAUUAAACAAAACUGGCAUCUUUGCUCCGAAGCCGUUAAAAAGGACGAAAUCGAAGACGGUUUUCAGUUCUCAGGUGAAGACAACUUGAUUCACAGCCGAGGUCAUGCCGAAGAAAGUCUAAAAGGUUUACUGGAGCGCCUUCGAGAUGGCGUUGUGACCGGUGACGGAGGUUACGUCAUGGCGCUGGAAAAACGAGGCUUUGUUAAAGCAGGGAACUGGACUCCAGAGGCCGUUGUGGAGCACCCUGAAGCCGUUAAGCAACUUCAUCGCGAGUUUCUUUUGGCGGGGAGCGAUGUCCUCCAAACCUUCACGUUUUUCUCUACCGACGACGUGCUGGAUUUGAAGAACGGCACGAAGUUCUCUUGUUCUCAACUAAACGACAGCGCUUGUGCACUGACUCAUGAAGUGGCAGCAGAAGGCGACGCGUUGGUAGCCGGAGGAAUUACACACUCUUAUGCCUACCGUGAAGGAAAAGGGAAGAAUGAAGUACAGGCCGUCAUCAGGACCCAGUUGGAUACGUUAAGGAAAAACAAAGUCGAUUUCCUUAUCGUUGAGUAUUACAUUUACGUCGAGGAAAUUGAAUGGGCAAUCGAAGAAGCGAAGAAGUGCGGGUUACCCGUGGCGGCGUCCAUGUGCAUCGGCAAGGAGGGCGACCUAACCGGCGUCCCCCCGGGGGAGUGUGCCGUCAGGAUGGCCCGCGCAGGGGCUGACGUCGUUGGCGUGAACUGCCUGUUCGAUCCCGUGAUGACUAUCGACACCAUCAGGCUCAUGAAGGAGGCCCUCGACGCCCAAGGUCUCCGGCCCUUCCUCAUGACGCAGCCCAACGGAUUCUUCUCGACGGGCACAGACAGAUACGGAUACCUCAGCUGCCCAGAAUAUCCGUUGGCCUUGGAGUCCCGUACGGUUACGAGAUUCGAUGUGCACAAGUACGCCCGCGCAGCCUACGAUAUGGGCGUGCGUUACAUUGGCGGCUGCUGCGGCUUCGAGCCUUACCACAUCCGCGCCAUCGCCGAAGAAUUGGCUGAAGAGCGGGGGAAACUCCCGGCUUCAAGCGCCAAACACGAGCCUUGGGGCGCUGGCAUCUGGAAUAGCUCAUACGAAUUCAUUAGCGCGAGAGCAAAUAGGGAGCACUGGGAGAACCUAGUCCCUACCACGGGCCGACCGGGUCCCGCCGCGCAUCACUUCAAGAAACUUCAUUGAAGUUAUUUAUUUAAGUCAAUGGAUUCGUUAUUAUUGUAAAGGUAAUAAUUACCUGUUGUUUUGAUUUAUUGCAAUGCAUGAAACACAUUUCUGAAUAAUGAAAAGCGAUUGUAGUGAUUCUGACAUUAAGAAUGUAUUAUGUCAAACAGUCAAUAAAAUUUCGAUCUACUCGAAGUGUUAUGGUGAGCUUCUAUAUUCUAAUUUUAAAUGUGAUUUAAUAAUUUACUAUAUCCAGUGCAUAAUGAUAUGUUGUGUUGUGAACGCAAUUUUUCGCACAGAUUUCCGGAAAAACACAAGCAGCAUAGUAUAUUAAUCACGCAAAUAAAUGGAAAGUAAGAAAAAGUUGAUAAGCGAGUAAACCAUGUUUCGUUCCCUUUUUUAUAACGGUCUAGUGAUAGCCAAAUAAGCUUACCCUGCAUUUGGCCAUUCAAAAAUAUAAUGUGAUCCCUUUGCCUUCUUCUUGUUUUUUUGUUUUUUUCUUGUGAAAACCAGAACCACUCCCACUUCUGUGGCUCAGAGAAUUUGUCUGCUCUGUUAAGCCCCCCUUGUAGGAAGUUCUAUUAAUAAAUGAAAUCAAAGCAA